AUGGCUCUGAUCAUGGAACCUGUCAGCAAGUGGAGCCCGAGUCAAGUGGUGGACUGGAUGAAAGGCCUUGAUGACUGCCUGCAACAGUACAUUAAGAACUUUGAGAGGGAAAAAGUCAGUGGAGAUCAACUUCUGCGAAUCACUCAUCAGGAACUGGAGGAGCUUGGGGUCACUCGUAUUGGCCAUCAGGAACUGAUCUUGGAGGCAGUGGACCUGCUGUGUGCUUUGAACUAUGGACUUGAAACUGAGAACCUCAAAACACUAUCGCACAAACUGAACGCCUCUGCUAAAAAUCUUCAGAACUUCAUAACCGGCCGGAGGAGGAGUGGGCACUAUGAUGGAAGGACUUCAAGAAGAUUGCCAAAUGAUUUCCUGACGUCAGUGGUGGAUCUCAUAGGCGCUGCUAAGAGCCUCCUGGCAUGGCUGGACAGAUCUCCAUUUGCUGCUGUGACAGACUAUUCUGUUACUAGAAACAACGUAAUUCAACUCUGUCUGGAACUCACCACUAUUGUACAACAAGACUGUACCGUCUAUGAAACUGAAAACAAGAUUCUUCAUGUGUGUAAAACACUCUCAGGUGUUUGUGACCACAUUAUCUCUCUAUCUUCUGAUCCGCUGGUUUCACAAUCUGCUCACUUGGAGGUGGUUCAACUGACAAACAUCAAACCCAGUGAAGGAUUGGGAAUGUAUAUCAAAUCAACUUAUGAUGGUCUACAUGUAAUAACUGGAACAACUGAGAAUUCUCCUGCAGAUCGGUGCAAGAAAAUCCACGCUGGGGAUGAAGUGAUUCAGGUCAAUCAUCAAACUGUGGUAGGAUGGCAGCUGAAAAACCUGGUAAAUGCACUUCGGGAAGAUCCCAGUGGGGUCAUCUUAACCUUAAAGAAACGUCCUCAGAGCAUGCUCACAUCUGCACCUGCAUUGCUUAAGAACAUGAGAUGGAAACCUCUUGCACUGCAGCCAAUUAUCCCAAAAAGUCCAACUGGUAGUGUUGCCACGCCAACCGGUACUCUCUGUACACCUACAAAACGAGAUAGUUCUGCACUUCAGGAUCUUUUCAUCCCCCCUCCUCCAUCAGAGCCAUACACUCCCAGGGAUGAAAAAGGGAACCUGCCCAUUGAGGAUUCCAGCAGACAUGCUUUAGGCAAACCAGUGCAUAAAGGAUCCGAAUCUCCCAAUUCUUUCCUGGAUCAGGAAUAUCGAAAACGCUUCACCGUGAUUGAAGGGGAGGCAAUGAUUGUCAGCUAUGAUUACGACACCAGCAGGUCAAGUGUGCCAGGCAGAAGAGAAAAUACUCUGACUUAUGGUAAACUAAGGCCUAUAUCCAUGCCAGUGGAAUACAACUGGGCAGGAGAGCAUGAAGAUUUAAAUAGACCGAAAAGAGAUGGAAGAAGAGAAAGCUCACUGAUGAGAUACAUGAGUGACGAUAAGAUCCCUAUCAUUCAAGAGGAGUAUUUAUCUAAAAGAGACACAGGCAAGCGAUCCAGAAAGAAGAGUGACAAAUUAAGCAGUCCCAACCAUCCCAUCAGUCAUUACGCACUGCCAACACCAGUACAUCUAGACAGCAUUCGACAGGAAUCUCUGAGUACACCUCUGCCAGAAAACAACACCAUCACGCUAUAUCAUACGUUCCAGCAGAGCUUGGGGCAGAAAUCCAAAAAAAGAAACAAAGGUGCUGUGACAGCAAUGAGCAGGAGAAGAAUUUCUUGUAAGGACCUUGGUCGUGGAGACUGUGAAGGCUGGUUAUGGAAGAAAAAGGAUGCCAAGAGCUACUUUUCACAAAAAUGGAAGAAGUAUUGGGUUGUACUGAAAGAUGUUUCUCUGUACUGGUACAUGAAUGAAGAAGAUGAGAAGGCUGAAGGAUUUAUCUGCCUUUCUGAGUUCAAAAUUGAUCGAGCAAGUGAAUGUCGGAAAAAGUACGCAUUCAAAGCAUGUCAUCCUAAGAUUAAAAGCUUCUACUUUGCAGCAGAUAAUAUGGAUGAUAUGAACAGGUGGCUGAGCAGGCUUGGCUUAGCAACAGUGGGAUAUGCAGAAAAGGAGCAACGACUCAAACAAGACCAAGAUUAUUGGAGUGAAAGUGAUCAAGAGGAUGCAGAUACCCCAUCAACCCCCAAGCAAGAGAGUCCACCACCUCCUUAUGAUACCUACCCCCGAGCACCUUCAGUGAACUGUGCUAGUCCAUACCUCGAACCUAAGCAUAAUAGACUGUCGUCUACGGAAACCUCUCAUUCUCAUUCAUCCCAUGAAGAAUUCCGACCAGAACCUGCAGGAGGUACUGAGUCCCCCCUUCGUAAACCAGGGGCUUGGGAACGGCGUUCAUGGCAGGAUCUAAUAGAAACUCCACUGACCAGUUCAGGGCUGCACUAUCUCCAGACUCUUCCUCUUGAGGAUUCUGUGUUUUGUGAAGCAGGCUUACCAACACCAGAACAUCGGAGGCAGUCAACUUUGCCAGCUCAAAGGUGCCAGAUCCAGGAUCACUAUGGACCCUUCCCAUUGGCAGAGGGAGAACGAUGGCCUGGAAUAAGUGGUGGUGGGGGUAAACCACGCAGUUUCACUCUACCUCGAGAUGGUGGAUUCAGUCAUCCCUGUCAAAACUCUACAAUCUGUCUCCCCGGAGUUCAGCCCGAAUUGGUUCAGAAACAAGAAAUCACGGAAGAAAAGCAAGAGGAAAAUGCAGGUCAGGCAGCAUCCAAGGAGCAGGAGAAUCGACCAGAGAAAACAGGGGACUCUUUGCAGGAUUUGUACAAGGCAUUGGAGAACGCCAGUGUGUCUCCACUAGGAGAGCAUCGAAUUUCCACCAAACAGGAAUUCAAGAAGUCCUUUGUAAAGAGAUGCGACAAUCCAGUUAUCAAUGAAAAAUUGCACAAGCUUAGAAUUCUAAAGAGCACAAUUAAGGCAAAAGAAGGAGAAGUAGCGAUUAUAGACAAGAUUCUAGACAAUCCCAGCUUGACAUCCAAAGAGUUUCAGGGAUGGAAACAAACCUAUGUAGAGCUUUUCGUGGAGAUAUGUCAGAACAAUGCAGCCACAGAACCAGUGAACGCGGCAACUGAACAAGCUGCAUCUACACCUACACCACCUCUGAUGCACACCCAUUCAUACAUUGAAACCCAUGUAUGA